CCUCCUGACACAAUGGGCAUCCCAUGCGCCGGUUUGAGAAUCGUGUGGGCCUCGGGAGGCUGCCUGGGAUGAAGCCCGUAAGGCCGAGCAGGCGACCAUUCCUGCUCGAUCUUUUUGUUUUCAUUUCAGUUGCCGGCGUGGCAUGGAGGAGAUCCGGAUGUUUCAGUGACAUCAGCAGAGCAGCUCAGGACGUGUCGGGUUCUCCGCCGCUCACACUCCGGCCCCCACAAUUACACAGCAGUUUCAAGCAGCCACGAGGAGCCUCUGCACGGCGAUGCACCAGACGGCUGAAGAUCGCGGGGUUCGGUGACUGAAGAGAGGGCCACCCGUUCCUCCUGGCCGCCUCUCGCUGGAUUUAAUUUUGUUUUUUCUGGGGGGGUGCGAAAAUGGAAGAGGGUCUGAGCUUCCUCAAGCAGUUCGCCCUACCUGUCAGCGAGCUGGCUUCUUGGAUCGCAGCGGGGGCAAUGGUGUUUGGCGGAGUCGUGCCCUACGUCCCCCAGUACAGGGACAUUAAACGCACGCAGAACGCAGAAGGAUUCUCCAUCUACGUUUGCCUGGUGUUGCUCGUGGCCAACAUAUUGAGAAUACUCUUUUGGUUUGGAAGGUACUUUGAACCACCCCUCUUGCUACAAAGUAUAAUCAUGAUCAUUACCAUGCUAGUGAUGUUGAAGUUAUGUACUGCUGUUCGUGUAGCCAGUGAACUCACGACACGACGCCGUGCCUUUACAGACAGUAAAGAUGAAGAAAUCAAAACUCCUAGGAAGUUCUUUCUGGACUUUGAUCUGCAGUACUUCUGGCUAUGGAGCAGAUUUAUUGAUUACAUACAGUGUGUGUUGGCUUUCACUUUUGUCGCUGCAUACAUAACCUACCUCCUUAUUGAUUCUUCACUCUUUGUGGAAACGCUUGGCUUCUUCGCUGUCUUUACCGAGGCAAUGCUCGGCACACCACAACUGUAUCGCAAUUACGAGAACAAAUCAACAGAAGGCAUGAGUAUUACAAUGGUGCUGAUGUGGGCAAGCGGUGACACUUUCAAGACUGCAUACUUCAUUCUGAACCAGGCUCCUUUCCAGUUCUGGAUAUGUGGGUUGUUACAAGUGUGUGUCGAUAUCACUAUUCUCUUUCAAGCUUACUACUAUGACCGUUACCCUCAAAAACCAUCUUCCCACACUGUUCCUUCCACAAGUACCAAGGCACUUUAACUACGGCCUAUUCAACAAGUGCACCAAAUGGUCAACUGCUGGAAAGAACUUCGAAACCCAUGUUGUUGAACCCAAGCCAAUAACUUUUAUAUCGGUUCUCAGCACGUUGGAAGGAUUUCAAAGUCAUUUUCUAGUAUAAGAGUUUAAGCAUUUGAACUAUUAGUUGAAUGUUCAUGAUUAUUUAUAUAUUUUUCUAUUUUGCAUAACUCAAACCAAUGUUUUUGGACCAGUUUACAUAAAUGCCUUACAUGUUACUGUUUCUAGAACUUUUCCUUUUUCUUCCUAACAUUGUUUAAUUUGUUUUUUUAUCACUUGCUGUAUCAUCCUCACUAAUACAGCUUUGUUUCAUGGCAGUAUUGUGAGUUUGAAAUGUAAAUCCUUGGGUCUAUCCAAAGAAAGAGUGUUUUGCCUUCAAGGACCAUGUUACCGUUAACAACAUUUCUGUUUUAAUGUGAUGAACUUUGAAGAAGCUGUAAUUUAUACUGGGAAGGAGAUGAUAUAACAUUCACACACUUGAGCGUCCAAGUAAGCCAAAUUGUUAACCACAUCAGCAUGCAUUUAAAAUUAAAUCCACAGAAGUUAUUUGUUAACCCACAGCAACAGAGUGGAGAAGGACUGGGAGGCAGCACAAGGCUGUUUAGUUUAAUUACAGUUAGUCUAUGUGGUGAUAACUUACAUUGGAAUUGGGUGUAGUGUGCGACGGUCUAGAGUGGUGGGACAUAAAUUUGUGCUGGGAAUCCUCCGCAUGCAAAGCUCCUGAUCGCAACUGUACUGAAACCAGGUACUUCCCCACAAGGAGGGGGAAUUGGAAGCGGGGAGAAAUGCCACAAUACCCACAGAACAAGCAGCUUCAGAGUAACACUGGUACAAGUUUGAGGGUAGCUUAGCUGUCUGCUCAGUUUUUAAGAGGAGAUGCCAAGAAGGGAAUAGCAUUUGAAAAGGUACAGAUUGAAUGAAAAAAGUUAAUUAUAAUCACUUUUGACUUAAGUAAAGUGAGAAUCGACUUUUAGUGAAAUAGUGCCUAAUGAAAAUGUUCAUAAUGAUAUUGACACUGCCUCCUUCCUUUGCAACAUUUAUUUUCUCCAAGUAUGCUGAUCACUCAGUAAUUUUGGAGUAGAAAUUGUUCUUAAUCACAGGUGACCCAGUGCACCUCUCACUUGCCCGACAUCUGCUGGUUUGAAUCAGCACAGUUCAAAUGUGCCUACAUUUAAAGAACAGUUGUCAUGGUUAAAUAAACAGCACUGUUUAUUUAUUAUAUAUUUAUAUAUUAGGGAGGAAGCUAAAAGGAAAAGUCUGCUUUGAUACUUACUCUGCCGUACAUCACCCACCAGCUCUUUGUGACCACAGACAGUGUUUUGUUUCCUCCCUUUCUCACUUCCCUCCUGUUGCUCUUCCAUUUGGAAAGCAUCUUGUUACUAUUGGGUAUUUCCUCCACACCCUGUGAGUUCUUGUUCUCAGCCAGGUUACACGGGAAUUGGAAGUGUAGACUUGUUGCCCAGCAUUCUGUGGUACAGCACGUAGAGCCGCAGCUGGGUUUUACAACCUGAAUUUAGUUUAAUAAUCUGAUCUAUUUGUUGUCGGAAAAUCCAGCGUGAUCAAUCCAGAUCACUGAAUUUGGUUGAUAUUCUUUCUUGUUGCCGAUGAAGGAGGGCUUGUUAUCUGUGAAUCAUGAAUCCACCACUAAACCUGCUUAUGCUGCCGAAUCCAAGUAUAAAUAUGCGAUGUUGAUCAAUUAUGGUCCUGUGUUUUUAAUAAUCAUUUAACCAAGCCCAUCUAAUUUACUGUAUUUAUGUAGAAAUAGUCCUGAUCAUUGUACAAUUAUAUUUAACUGAACCUUUUGUUUUGCUUUUAUGCAUUUUUGUUGAAUUGGUUAUUUAUUUUGCAUUCGCAGGUUGCCAGCAAUCUGUGAAAUUGUCUUUAUCUCACUGAAGUUAAUGGGGCAACAUCACGCUAAUUUACAAUGGCUAGGAAGAAUUCGACUGAAACCUGUAAAUAAUAAGUUUAGUAUAGCUGAAAUGGAAUAUUAAGCCAACUAUUAGUUUAGGUGACAAGCCUUGGCCUCUGUACAUCUAUUAAUGAGAACCAUACCUGGUGAAGUGAAUAGGUCUUCCUAAUUUUCAACUUUCAUUCUCCUUAUUCACUCAGGAACUAUUCACUGGAUUGUUACUAAAAAUUUUGUCACUGAGUGACAUUUGUUCUACAACAGGUUUGGUCUUUCUGACCCAUAGCUGGUUGCCAUAUUUUGCUUUGGGCCUAAGUGACCUUACAAUUUUAGUGUAUGCCAUUUAAGCGUGAACAUUUUAAGCCAAGUUAUCUGUCUGUCUCUGUUUUUGUGUUCAGACAGCAAAAUGUAUGUAUUCAAAACCAGGGGGCUGCUAAAUACUGACCUUUCUACUUUGUUGGUUAUCAAACAAUCUCAAUUUUCUUAAAUAUUUUCUAAGGAUAUACUUUUCAAAAUCAAGACAUAAGAAUGAUUAUACAUUAGUUGACUGCAAUAGAGAGCUCUAGUAAUAAAAUAGCUAUCAAUUUCUUUCUGCUGAGCAAGUCCGUCACUUUUUUGUGAUCUGGAUAAGCCUUCUGUAUCUUGCUGGCCCGAGCUCUGCAGUCAGCAUUUGUUGAACACACUUUAAAACUAAAAAUUGGCCUUUUCUGAUCUGUUUUCCACAGGCUGUGGACCAUGUGUUUGUGGUACUAGUAGGCAGCAGUAUGUUAUGUUGCUUGCUGCUUUCAAAGAGCAGAUAAAAAUUAGUCACUGUGUGUUGUCUUAUCAGUCCACAGGUAUAAUGAUCUUUGAUUCCAUAAUGUUUGCACAAUUCUCUCGUGCCCACUUGGUGUUCAGUUAAUUGGUUUCAGAAACGUUUACCAUGGGAAUAUAGUCAAAAGGGUAUAUUGGAAUUUCACACUUCACAGCUUGCCUUGGAACUGUUGGAGGUGUUUUAUUUUAAGGAUUACUUGGGAUGUGUAGGAAAUACUUGUUUACACUAUUUUGAUUAGGAUUUACAUUUGUGAACAUUUAUUUAUAAGUGUUGAAGAUUACUACUGUUUGUAUUCUUCUGUCAACUGUACCAAAAAAAAAGACUCUUCGUUGCCAAAAGAAGGCAGGUGAACAUGCCUAACCAGCAAAGCAAUGUUGCACAAUACUAUAAUCAGCCUUCCCUAAAUCUUUUAAGUAUGUGCUGCCAUUCAACAUCAUAUCUGGAUGCGAAAUAAAAGAGAGUCAAAAGAAGUUUGCAUAAGAGGAAAUGUUAAAAAUGUAAAUACAUACUCGGUCUGUCAUGUGUAUCGAUGUAUUAAACUAAAAUCUAAAGAAUAAUAAACAGUUGGAACUGUG